AUGGGCAAGCUCCUGCUCUCGCAGGGCUCUGUCUCUAUUUUAUUUUCUGCCGUGAUAGUAUUCUUAUUCACCCUCGCGCUGUUUCUAAGUGGAUAUGUUCUGCAGCAACGAUACGUGCACUCGUUGCAAUUAGCCAUCAAGCCUCGACUCCCAAAACCGCUGCCCGCGCAAGUACCGUUACAAGCACCGACUCUAGAUGUGAAAUGGGCGAGGGGUAUGGGAGAGCGGCUAGAGGUGCACGAGUCGGUGCAGCAGAUGAUUGAGGCGCCGACGAUCGAUUGGAGUAGACUAGGCUAUGUGCAGGUUGUGAAGGACCACAGCGAGCUGUGCAGCGCGGUAAUGCUGCUGGCGGAUUUGCAGGAAAAAAGAAGUCCCGCGAAGCGAAUAUUGAUGUUCCCAAAGGCGUGGCUGAAGGAGACGAGCGAGGAGGAGUGGGAUCCGCAGAUGACUACGACGAAGCGGCUGCUGAGGACCGCUGCGCGUCGCCAUGGCGCAAGGCUUGUGCCAAUGGAGACUACGGAAGCGGGUGCAGAUGAGUCUCUCGCAUCCUCAUAUUCACUGACGUCCAUGUAUUCUCUCACCACUUACGAGAGACUCAUGUAUCUGGAGGCGCCUGGCGUGGUACUCGAUGCUUCAGCGCUGGAUUCGCUGCUUGCUUUUUCCAAGUCCAAGCCAAUGAACGCGUUCCCAGCGACGCCCGAAAGGAAGGAGCUGUCAACGUCGCUGCUUCUAAUAAGUCCUUCGCAUGAAACACAUCGGCAGCUGAAAGAGACACGGCAGUCGCAGCCCUCGACAGAUCUAGGCCUUCUCCGUCACCAAUUCGAUUCGCCAGAGUCGCUGAUCUCAGAGACGACACUCUCGAUGGGCAACGUGGUGUACGAAUCGCACAGCCUGCGUGAAGCCAGUGACGACUUUAAUGUUACGUCGUUCAACGAGAUGACAACCUUUGUGCGGCUACAAGAGCCCGACAUGCCUGGCCCAGAGUACGACAUACCGUACGCCGAGCGGGCGAAGCUGCGGCCACAGAAUGCUCAGGCGAGAGAGGCAUGGGAGAACGUGUAUGAAAUGUUUCGGCAGCGGCGCAUGGAGGUGUGCGGUUUGGAUUUGGAGUACUGGAUGCCACCGGCAGCCGAGCAACCACGUGCGGAGACGCCCGCGGAAUUAUAA